AACAAAGUGCCCAAAACUCAAAAGAACUCGUUGGGCCUGUACACAUUUGCGUCCCCCAUGACGAUUAUGCCCCUAUGACCUACAAAACAAACGGCGUAAAGGUGAAAAGUUGAUCUUCGGCGUGAUCUUGCGUAGUACAAACCAAAGAUACUCUGCUGUCAUAGGUUUACGGCUGAUAUCUUCUGAUAUCUUCUCCAGUGACCGGUUAUUAGGGUUAUUCUAUCAAGUACAAGCAGGAUCGAAGCAAUAGCCUUGGGAAACUUCUGUGUCUCGUGUAAUGGGGGGAUUUAGAGGUUAUCCGAAAAUCUUUAGGGAUUUUGUUACUCAUCUAUUUAAUGGAGUUCUGGGGAAACAUAAAUGUAAAGCAUAUUCGAUAGAGAGAGAACGAAAACUGUUAGAGUGAGAUUGCUGCAGUGGCGAGAAUCCUUUUACAGUAGUCGUUAUCCCUUUGUGUUCGAGAUCUAACUGUCUCAAUGGGUCAGUUAGUUAAGCUUGUCGUUGGCGUGUGGGAGCAAGUGGGGCACCGUGGGUGGCUGUUCUUGGAAGAUCCAACAGAGCGUAAGUAUGAGAUAAUGGUUCAUGAAAACCAGACUUAUGCUAGUCUCAUGGAUCUUGUAAGAACACGCUACAGUGUGGGGUUGGAGACAGCUGUGACUCUGACCUAUGAAUUUCCGGAGUGGAUGAAGGGGCCUGGAGACAUAUCGGCUCCCCCAGUGGAUGUUAAAGAGGAUGGGGACGUUGAACUGUUUAUGUCCAUCAGGAUUGAUCUCCCUUCAACCAGGCUGAUGGUAACCAUAGGCAAUGAUGUUGUUGCCCGCUAUCUAUUCCUCAGGCGUGAUGACUAUACUGUCAUCGGAUCUUCCAAAGGAGUGGUGGGUGCAAAAGGGGGCAAUUACCGAGACAGUUGUGAUAUUAACCUUCAAACCGAAGUAGUAGCGGGUAACGUGUUCAGUGGGACCCCAGUGGAUGGGAGAGGGUUCUGGGAAGGGAUGCUGGGACAAUGCUUUAUGUCAGCGAGCCAACAGUUCCUUGCGAAUGUGUGCGGGGGUGGAAGUAUGAACUUUGGAGAUGGAGAUGCUUUGGCUUUCAUGAGGACUGCGCUUGGAGCGUCGAAGGAAACAAACGUUGGUUCUGAAUCAUCUACGGAUUCUUCUCCUGGUCCAGAGGAGACUGUGCCUGAUUCGUAUGGGGGUGGCGUGAUGAGUUUGUCUCAAAGUGAGGUAUUGGCAGCAGACGUUGGAAGGAACACUUUGGCCAUUGUUGAACCGCAGCCUGGAAGGGAGAAAGCGUCGUUGGUUGAGUACAUGAGGAAAGGGAAAGGUAAAUUGUGUGAUGAGGAUGGAAUGGAGAAGAAGCGAAGCAACUCAGGCGAGCGUGCGAGCCCCCUAUUGUCAAACCCAAACUUCCCUGAUCCUAUUCCAGAUGCUGAUACAACGGAUGAGGAUACAGAUGAAGAAGGAGGAAAGCAUCUCUUUGUGGGUCAGGUUUUCAUUAACCGCUCCGCUUUCAGGACACACAUGUCUCUUUACGCUUUGGCCAAUAAGUUUCGGUAUUUAUGCCGUCGUUCUGAGCCAGGGAAAAUGGUGCUGGUUUGUCGAGGCAAUGACUGUAAGUGGAGAGUGUCUGCAUCCAAGCUCCCAGGGUGUCCCCAGUUUCAAAUAAAGAGGCUGGAGGAGGAGCAUAGCUGCACGGUGGAUGAACGUGGAGAUUUCAAGCAGCAUGCAACUUCUAACCUUAUUGGCGAAAUGGUUAGGAACAAGUUUGGCUGCGGCGGGACUGGUCCUAGACCAGCUGCACUCAGAGAGUUCAUGCGUACUGACCAUCAGGUGCCUAUCAGUUACUGGAAAGCUUGGAAAUCAAGAGAACUCGCAAGGGAGCAUGGACUCGGGAACACAGUGGAUUCGUACAAGAUGUUGCCCUCUUACCUGUCAAAGUUGGCUAUUGCGAACCCGGGCACAGUGGCAGCCAUAGAGACAACGCCUGCUGAAGGGGAGGUCCAGCGCUUCAAGUAUCUUUUCCUCUCGUUUGGAGCGUCUGCUAAGGGCUAUGAGUACAUGAGAAAGGUCGUGAUCGUCGAUGGGACGCACCUUAAGGGGAAAUACAGCGGAUGCCUUCUAACUGCGAGUGCCCAGGAUGCAAACUACCAAAUCUUCCCCAUCGCCUUUGCUAUAGUGGAUGGAGAGAAUGACCUGUCGUGGGGCUGGUUCUUCCAGAAACUAACAGCUGUGGUGAAAGAUGGGUGCGAUGUUGUUUUCGUCUCAGACAGACACAGCUCCAUUUAUGCUGGCCUACACAAGUGGUAUCCUACGGCGAAGCACUAUGCUUGUGUUCUUCACCUCCAGCGUAACAUUGUUACCAUGUUUAAGAAGAAGCAUCUAGCCUACCUGGUCUCAAAAGCAGCUCGAGCCUACCGUGUGUGUGACUUCUACAAGUAUUUCAACGAGCUGAAGAUGAUUGACAUCAACUGUGCCGAUUAUCUGAUCAGGAUCGGAUUUGAGCACUGGGCUAGGUCCCACUCUUCUGGUUUGCGUUACAAUAUCAUGACUUCUAACGUGGCAGAGUCUCUCAAUGCUGCACUCGCUGAGGCAAGGGAUUAUCCUAUCGUGGCUCUAGUGGAGUACAUAAGAGGAAUGCUUAUGAGGUGGUUCUCAGUGCGCCGUGAGGCAUCAGAAAGGUGUGGUGGACUUGUCACACCCAAGGUGGAGGAGCUUAUAUCCCGCAACUUCAGUGUUUCAAGUGGAUUUUUGGUCCGCCAUAUAAGCAAGGCGGAGUUUGAAGUCCGUGGGAAAGAAGGAGUACCAUUCGCUGUAGACCUUGAGGCGAAAAAGUGUAGCUGUCUUGAGUUUGAUAUGCUUCGUAUACCUUGUGGGCAUGCUGUUGCUGCUGCAAUACACUCUAAACGUAGGGUUGAUGCUCUUGUGGGGGAGGAACUCUCGAGGAACAAUUGGGCUGCUGGGUACUCAAUGAGCAUUAAUCCAGGUGUGGAUGACAAGGCGGAGACGCCACUAGGUGAUACCCUUGCCUCUCUAGUCCUCGCACCUCCGAACACAAGGCGUCCUCCAGGGAGGCCAAAGAAGACAAGAAUAUUGUCUAGGGGAGAAUUCAAGCGUGGGGCGAUGGGGCGCAAGAAACGGGCCUGUAAGAGGUGUGGUGGUAAGGAUCACAACCGUGCAACAUGCAAGAUGGCGAUAUGAAGGUGGGGCGGAGGUUAUGAAGGGUCAUUUUAAUGAAGUCUUUUGGUAAAGGUCUGAUGUGGGGCGACCAAUUUUCAUGUAUAAUAUAUAAAGUUCCCCAUGAGUCCCAAGAAUCGUCAAUCGUUUGUAACGCGUAGUUUGGGAUCUCGAAUAAUGUAUCGGCAAUGACCCACCUUCUGUAAUCUGAAAACUAUGUCUUAAAAUAAUAUCGUUUUGUUGGUUAUUGACCUUCUUUCAAUUGUAGGACAAAUCAGCAUAAUCCUUAUGUGUUGUGUUAACUAAAAUAUUGUGGGUCCAAUU